GUUAUGCUGUCAAGUUUUCCACUCUAUGACUUUUCCUGACGGUCCCAAUAUCGAUCGCAAUUUAUUUGAUUGAUCCAGAAAUAGAAAAAUAUGGCUGUUCCCUAUAGUGGCACAGUAAGAAGAUCUUUAGGAGUAGUUUCAGCUAUCGGUAAACAAUUAAAAGCAGUAAAUUUGAAAGCUGCAAAAAGAAUAACAGUGACAUUUGAUCCAUUUGGCGAUAACGUUACACAUACUCGAAACUUCUUACACUACAUAAGUUCACCAAAGAUUAGCCUUACAAACCCCAAUUGUUCCCUGAAAACUGAAGUAGUGUGUGAUCGAAGUGAACCAACUAUUGACAUCACUCUUUUGCCUAAUAUUGCAGAAAAGGCGAAAAUAAAAAAAGUUACUUUCAAGAGCAGCAACCUAACGUGUUUAGAACUUUUACAACUUUUAAACAAACACGUUUCCUCCUUAGCUCCAGUUGAACAACCUGUUACAACUAUACAAACAAAAUCAGAGAAAAAGAAAAAGAAAUAAAAAUGACUAAAAGUGGGAAGAAGGGCAACCUUCAUGUUGUAGAGGAACUGUACAAUCAAAUACCAGAAUUCACUGAUGUAUUUUCUGAAGACACAUUCUAUGUGUUUGUUGUGUGCUUUGUUCUGUCUACAAUAUUGGUAGCAUUUAUUCUGUCUAGAUUUAUAACUAUAAAACCUGUAGAGUAGAAUUGUUAUCCAAAGAUGUGGUGUAUUUAAUAUAUUAAUGAAAACUAAGAAUAA